ACAAUUCACACAGGAGGAGAAUUAAGCAUCCAUUGAAAACAAAACAAAAACUAUUGUUUGUGGGGGGGAUCUUCACGACUCAAGAGCUCCCUGGAGGGUCUUGCAUUGCUGCACUAACAAGACAGAAGCUGCCAGGAUGGUCAAAAAGCCUUUUACGGUAGAUUUGGAUAAGCCGCUUGUAUUCCAGGUUGGCCAUCUUGGGGAAGCUUAUGACAAAUGGGUUCACCAACCUGUUGUUAGCAAGGAAUGCCCUCGAUUUUUUGGCAAUGACUUUUGUGAGCUCUUGACACGCACGAAAUGGUGGGUGAUCCCACUCGUUUGGCUACCAGUUGUAUGUUGGUUUGUUUCCACCUUCAUCCAAAGAGGUCUUACUCCUACUCAGGCAGCCUCAGCAGUAGCCGGUGGCGUCUUCAUUUGGACAUUGAUUGAGUAUACUUUGCACCGCUUUCUUUUCCAUAUGAAAACAACAAGUUAUUGGGGUAACACCUUGCACUUUCUCCUUCAUGGCUGCCAUCACAAGCACCCCAUGGAUAGACUACGACUCGUUUUCCCCCCAGUUGCAACAGCAAUUCUCUGUGUGCCAGUGUGGAGCCUGUUUAAGCUUUUUUCCACUCCAUCAACUACUCCAGCUUUAUUUGCAGGUGGGUUGCUGGGAUAUGUAAUCUAUGACUGCACCCAUUACUACUUGCACCAUGGAAAGCCAUCUGAAGGGUUAAGUCAAACUCUCAAGAGAUAUCACUUGAAUCAUCACUUUAGAGUUCAAAGCAAAGGGUUUGGGAUUACUUCUUCAAUUUGGGACCAUGUCUUUGGAACAUAUCCUGCAAUGAGGGCAACAGAAAAAAGUAGAUGACUCGUUUAUGUUGUAUAGUUGGAAGGAAUGCAACCAACCUCCAGGCUUGGCUUUUUGUAUCAUAUUUUCUUGUUUGCUAUAGCUCCCAUGCUUCCUCCUCAUAUAUCAUUGCUUGUUCGGAGGUAGACAGCAACUCUUUUUGUUUUGUCCCUGACAUUGGAAUCUAAUGAUUGAAGCAAAAAACCAUAGAUUUGGAAAAGGGGAAGACCAUGAUAUAUGGUGUUGCCAAUUAUUGGUGAAGAACUAUAUGUUUCUAGCUCUUUUAUUA